AUGACUUCCACUGGAAUGAACAUGAUGAGCAGGAUCAUCUUCUACGAGGAGAGGAACUUCCAGGGUCGUUCCUAUGAGUGCAUGAGCGACUGCCCAGACAUGUCCUCCUACCUGAACAGGUGUCACUCCUGCAGGGUGGAGAGAGGCUGCUUCGUGGUGUACGACCGCAACAACUACAUGGGCAACCAGUACUUCAUGAGGAGGGGCGAGUACGCCGACUACAUGAGCAUGAUGGGCAUGAGCGAAUGCAUCAGGUCCUGCCGCAUGAUCCCAAUGCACAGGGGAUCCUUCAGGAUGAAGAUCUAUGAGAGGGAGAACUUCGGCGGUCAGAUGCACGAGCUGAUGGAGGACUGCGACAGCGUCAUGGACCGUUACCGCAUGCCCCACUGCAUGUCCUGCAACGUGAUGGACGGCCACUGGCUGAUGUACGAGCAGGCCCACUUCAGAGGCAGGAUGAUCUACAUGAGGCCUGGCGAGUACAGGAACUUCUCCCAGAUGGGCGGCAGCGGCAUGAGGUUCAUGAGCAUCAGGCACAUCAACGACUCCUGCUAUUAA